AUGUCAACAACGAUCAAGGAUCUCUUCUUGACCAGGUCGCAGCAUAUACAAGUGCGCACCUGUGGAAAGCUACUUUGCGCUCUGGACAACGUCUUGGAUCGAGAGCGAGGCCUGUCAGCCAGCCUAACAAUGCCGAAUGCCGCCCAUCCCGGCUUGUUCAGGUACAUCUUGAACACUCACUGCAACAUUCUUGUCAGACGCUACGAAGUUGUGGCGGUAGUGCUUUCUGGCAAGCGAUCCAGCCUUGCCACUGGGCCAGACGAUGGGGUUGGCAACAUCAUCGAUCCAACAAUUGUAAUUGCUGCAAAUCCACGCCCGGACGACUACAACAAGACCAGGACCCAAGACAAGGAUGAAAAAAAGGUCAUUGUGACACAAAUCGACAUCAGCAAUACCGUUGCACCACAAACCAUGAUCGCAGACCUCCUGCAGAGCAUGUGCAAUGCGAAAGAGGACAUAACGAACAGCUCAAACACCAUACCUUUCGCAGACCAUGUCAGGACUUACUUUGGUCUCCUUCGAGCUGUGCACGCCGCCUCUGAUCUCACUGAGCAUGGCAACGCGGUAGCCGUUCUGAGAGACUAUGUAUACGCGACGUCCUUCCCCAAGAUGAUCAUGCGCUUUGACAACGGCGCCAAAGAAGCUCGCGACAAUUCUAUCAUCAACUUCUUGGACAUCGUUAUGCGCACGGACAACUUUCCAGAACACGCGUCGCGUAUUCAAAUGCCAGUCCACCUUCUUAGCAAGAGACCAAGCCCAGCGCAGGCGAAACUCAUUGCCAUAGCGCUCGAAGGCAUGGGUGCCGAUUACAUCAAGACCUGGCAGGAAGCGAAUAUCUACGAUACACCUGUUGAUCGAAUCAGAUUCCAGUCGCUUCUACAAGAUUAUCUGUCUCAAGCCAAGAGAGCAUGUGAGGAGCUCCAGCAGACGAUGGACAGAGCUGUCAACUCUAUAUGCGGCUCACCUGCCGCCGAGCGACCUGGAAAGCUAGCCAUCGAGCAGGCUAAGGUGCAACUCGCAGUACAGUCUGCCCGCCAACGAAUGUCUCUGCUAGUCACCUUUUUGGACAAUUUCAAGGAUUUCCUUGAGGAGCAUCUCAAAUGGCUCGCAGAGGCGGCCAACGUUGAGGACUUCAGAAGUCCCCCUAUAUGGACUGAGCCCAGAUCGACCACAGCUGGCAGCGCAACACCGAAUCCAGUGCCUCCAGAACACGGAUCUUCCAGCGAGCAGAAGCCUCACAUCAACGAUCUCGAGGAAGAAAGAGAAGAAGAAGAUUCGGACCUAUCUGACCUCUAUGCGCUUCAGGAGGCCCUCCACAUGUCACAGCAGCAGCGGACAUCGAAGUAUCGUGUGUGGGCGAUCAUGUGCCAGUCUUGGAUGGAGCUGCCGGGGCUACCAGAGAUAAGCCUCCGAAGAGCGACUGUAGGGAGGCCGGGCUUAAAGUCUUUGAGGGAGAAGCACGAGUCUGCCUUGAUCCAGACUGCUCAGGUCGGCCUUGUCAAUAUUAGCAUCAAGUGCUGGGACCACGAGUGCGCAAAGAUUGAUGCGAAGUUCAUCGAAUCUCUCCUGGGUCAUCAGCCUGAUCUCGAUGUUGCUAGGAUGGCCAAGAAACUCAAAGAUAAGGAACGCAUAGGCGUGAAUAAACUUGAGAGAUCGAUGGUCGUGGCUGGUGCACCCCACUGCGAGGCAAUACUCAUGAGCCUCAUCGCCAUCGCGAAAGAUGAAAGCAUCAUGAAGCACAUCACCGACGACUGGCUGGAGCACAACGGCAUUUUCGCCACAAGGAAGGAUCUGCUGGAGAUGUUUCCCGACGUUCUACCUAUGGUGCACGUGUCGAAAAAGUGCUGCCCAGCAUGCGAGAAGGUCAGAGCUCAGAUGCAGAGAGUCGGCAUCACAACCAACGAUUUCGUCGCGCCAGGCUCUCAUGCAAAGUACGCAGGCUUCCUGCUACCGUCAUUCAUCCCCAAGAGGCUUGGACAGCCAGUGUUAGAAUCUAUCGAGCGCGAUGCCGCUGAGAAGCUCAUGGCCUGGCAAAAGAAGUUGCAAUCCGACGACUUUUCAAAGGCUCUGGGGAACAGCAAGAGCCCUCAAUCAGAAAUCAACAGCUCUCCGUCAGAGUACGCUGAGGUCCCAAUCGAGGCGCCGGUCAGCACGAAGUUGAGGAAGGAAACACAAGAGCACUUCAGCGUCACACCAUCACGCGGGGAGCCGAACCCAGGUGACAUCUCAAUGGGCGAUGCCUCAAGCACAGGUACACAGUCGAGCCCAACAGCACAGUCCAGCCCGCUCGCACCGUCGUCGCCGACCAAAAUACAGCGGCCUCGCGACUUCACUGACCCACGUCAGCCUGAUACGAAGAAACGGGUCGUCGAAGCGCAGCCAGAAGAGAGCGGCGAGAAGCAGGAAGAGCAGGGCGAUGAGAGUGUGGAGGGGGAGAAGGAUGGUGAGAAUGAGUCGUGA